AUGGCGCAGGGACACAGAGGCCUGUGGCUAUCCCCCGUUCUUCUCCUUCUCAGCCUCCCAGGCUGUUUUUGCACCCGAAGCCCCAGGAGUGUGAGGGUCGCUGAAGGGGGCUCACUGGAAGUGCAGUGCCCCUACAGCCCCAGAUGGGAGUCCCACGGGAAGUUGUGGUGCCGCGGGGCCCACUGGGACACCUGCAGGGUCCUGGUGCAGACCUCGGGGGACUCUGAGCACCAGGCACAGGGCGAGCGCGUGGCCAUCAGGGAUGAGCCGGGGGCACACGCCUUCACCGUGACCAUGAGGCAACUCCAGCUCAACGACGCAGAUACCUACUGGUGCGGGAUCCGGAAGGCGGGCUCCGACGGUGGCGUGCGCAUCACAGUGACUGUGGACCCAGUGGCCACCCACAUCCCAAAGCAUAACAGGCGCCUGCACUCCACAGCGACCGACUCUCCCAGAGCAACCACCUCAGGCGUGUCCACCCGGACCCACUACCUGCUCCUGGGCUUCCUGAAGGUGCCCAUCCUGCUGCUGCUGUUGGGCGCCGUCCUCUGGAUGAAGGCACCCCGGGGGACGCCCCAGGAGCAGUGCGAGGAGCCUCUCUACAUGAAUGUGUAG